AUGCCCAAAGUUCUCAUCCUCGGCGCAACUGGGUAUCUGGGCAGCCAGAUCGCCAACCUCCUCAUCCAGGGCGGCGAGCACACCGUCUACGGGGUCGCCCGCACUCCCGCCAAGGCGGCACAACUCGCCAAACAAGAGAUCAUCCCAGUUCUGUGUCCAGAUCCGGUGAAUGAUCCAAAUACAUAUCUAUCAAUCAUCCGCUCGAAGCAUGUCGACGUAGUCCUGGACGUUGCGGGUGCCGACGUAGGCUCCCACAAUUUCCUACGCGACGUCACGGCCAUUGGCCAGGAACGGCUUGACCUAGACAAGAAGCGCGGUGUGAAAGGAUCCAAACUAGGAUUUAUCUACUGCUCCGGGACAUGGGUGCAUGGCUCGUCGAAUGAGCCUGUGAAUGACCUCGACGUUGUCGGAACGGACGCAAACACCCCUCCCACGGAGCUGGUCGCAUGGAGGGUUGAGAUGGAAAGGGCGGUGCUGCAGGCGGCUGACUCGCUAGAUGUCAUGGUUCUACGACCUGCUUUGAUCUAUGGGAGAGAAGGUACGAUCUGGUCCUCUUUUAUCACGCCUGUGCUGGACGCCGCGAAGAAUGGGUCCAAUUCUACAGUGAAGAUCCUACUGGACGGGCAUUCGAAGCCCGGCCUGAUCCAUGUCGAUGAUGUGGCUAAGGCCUUUGCCAAGGCUAUCGAGAAGGUGCAUUUGCUCUCAGGUACUGGGGUAUACCCAGUCUUCGAUCUCGUUACUACCCAGGAGAGCAUGCGGGAGAUCUUCGAGGCAUUGGCUGCAUGCUGGGGUUUCAAGGGCGCACUGGACCUACAGGGCCAUGGGGGAGACUUAUUUGCUCGGGCAAUGAGCACCAGCUUUCGGGGAUCGUCGGCGCGGGCUAAGCAGUUGUUGGAAUGGCAACCGACAAGACUAGGCGGGUUUGUGCAAAACAUGGAUAUUUAUGCUGCUGCGUUCGCGGCACAGCACUAUGGACAAUAA